UUGGCGUAUACUCGCGCAAGAAUUAGCCAACAAUAAUACAAAACGACUAGUAGUUUACCCCGGCAGUUGUUUCAAUAGGAGAUCGAGCCAUUUAUAUGGCUCGCUCGUUCACCGCCAAAUACGUGAGCCCUAGAUGCUGCCAUUGUGAUCAAAUACUAUCGAAGGGGGCCACGACUAUUUAGAUACGCACAGUGAUCUCUAGCAGGCAUCUGUCUUUUGCUCAGUGAUAACAGAUUUCAUUUGUUAAAAAAAAACGCGCAUUACUGUCGCCAGAAUCCUGACGAUUCCUCGUGUUUCUGUUUCAAUAUAAGCAGCUGUAUUUGUAUUCACAUCUGUGCAACGAUCAUAAACUUGCAGUCGUUCUGACUUAAGCCCAUUCCUGUUAUGCCUAUAUUGUGUUAAUUGGAAAACUUAAUGGACACGCAUACAUCGUGCGUAAUGUAUAUCUGGUGUUUAGUGUCUCGUUGAAGCUUGUAACGAACUGGCUCAUUGUUGAUGUGCAAAGGUUGUUCCGUUAGAUAAAACCUGUUUAACAUAAAACUACUGGAGGAUCUAUUACCAGUAGAAUGAAUCAUGCAUUGUUGUUCCGCUCUAGCUAGUGCUAUUAGGUCACUGACAAACAUACCCGCACGUCAUAUCGUUCAUCAGCCGGCAGUUUCAGAGAGCGACAUCCUUGAGAUCCAGUCCAUUGAUGCUCGGAUCGACUUCAAUUGUCGAACCCAUCAUACAGAUAGAUUUUCCGGGUCACGGCACGGAAUUCUGAUCGCACGCCGAGGACAACCGGUACAAUUGGUCUUACAGCUUUCUCGCCGAUUUCAGCCAGAUUUUGACCAUGUUGAACUGGUUUUAACGUAUGCUGGAACUCGUUUCAUUUACGGAGAGGAUGGAGUCGAGCGUAUCACCGUCUCUCGACGGGUCGCAGAACAUGCAACUUUAUGGAGUGCCCGCCUCAUUGAAGUGCGACGCAAUACCAUCGUCCUUGACGUGGCCAUAUCGGUCCGUGCAGCCGUUGGCGAAUGGAGACUCAAGAUCCUCACCCAUUUGUUGAACCGGAGCAAUCUUGUUGACAAGAUUUUCCACUAUGAUAAACCAAUCUUCAUUCUCUUCAAUCCAUGGAGUCCAGAUGAUCCGGUUUAUUUGCCGGCUACAAGAGAGCGAGAUGAGUAUGUCCUGGCGGAUACUGGCCUCAUUUAUUCCGGCCGAAAGGAUCGUAUAUCGGAGCUCGCCUGGGUAUUCGGCCAGCAUGAAAAGAAAAUCUUGGAAAUUGUAUGUUUCGCAUUGCGUGAAUUAGCAAAUCUGGAUGUGCGAAAAAUGGCAGAACCGACUCACGUAUCCCGGGCCAUUUCCAGUAUAGUCAAUGGGCAUCGUGGCCAAGAUGGCAUUGUCGAGGGUAACUGGUCUGACAAGUUCCACGAUCAGCAAGAUAGUCGGUCUCCAUGGGAGUGGAGCUCAUCAGUUGAGAUACUACAACUGUUUCAUAAAAAACGCUCAAUAGUCCGAUACGGUCAGUGCUUUGUUUUUGCAGGCGUCUGUAACACCCUCUGCAGAGCUUUAGGACUGCCAAGCAGGUGUGUUACUAAUUAUCGUUCUGCCCAUGAUGUCCACGGAAACCUCGUUCUCGAUUACAUCUACAACGAAGACGAUGAACUCGUUUCAGAGAGUCGGAACGAUAGUAUUUGGUCAUUUCACGUAUGGAACGAGGUCUGGAUGCGGAGGGAUGACCUGCGAGGGUCAGUCCCCGGUGAUUUCGAUGGGUGGCAAGUUAUUGACGCCACUCCACAGGAACUUUCCAAUGGUGAAUUUAGGGUGGGUCCGGCCAGCGUGAAAGCAGUCCGGCGUGGUGAAAUCGACGUGAAGUAUGAUUGCGCCUUUGUACUUGCCGAAGUCAAUGCCGAUGUUGUUUUUUAUCGCCAGGACAAUCGAGGACGUCGUAAAGAGAUCAAACGCCUCAUCGAUGAUGUCGGCGUCAACAUGAGCACCAAAGCUGUCCUAUCUAACAACCGGGUCGAUAUCACCAAUAACUACAAACCUCCAGAAGGGAAUAGCGAGGAGCGCCUCGUCUACGAGAGGGCCUUAAGACAACUUCAGCCUCAUUUGCCGCGGUACACUCGGAGUCUGCCUAGGCCCGGUGCAGAGUCCGACGUCGUGCUGGAAAUUCAUAUGCCGGAUGAUGACGCCCUUAUCGGAAGUACCAUACAGAUUCGCGCUGUCGCAAAGAACAACAGCUUUGAGAGAAGCCAUACGCUCCGCUUACUUCUGCGAGCCAUAUCAAAAUGCUACACGGGUUGUAACGAGAGGCUUUUAAGGCAGCGAAUUUUCCAUGAAACCCUUGAACCUCGUGAUUCUCUCGAGCUGACCCUGGAGGUGACGUAUGCUGAUUACGCACUGCCUGUACGCGUUAGUGAACAACUGGCUACGAUCCUACAGGCCGUAUCUGAAGAUGGGGCAGACUUUAUGAUUACUGAGGAGUUCGGCCUGAGCCUACCACCGAUCACCGUGGCUUGCGACACUCAGCAGAAAGUUGGACGCCCCUUCGAUAUUGGACUCUCUCUACGCAACCCCCUACCUGUUGCACUUAACAACGCCCACUUUACAAUCGAAUCGCCGGGUAUCACUCAGAAAACGAUUCUUUCUGUGAAAAGGCCGCCAGCUGCCGGGGAUUAUUUUGCCGUAUCGAGCCGGCUCACUCCGAAAGGAUUCGGCCAGCGUAGCCUUAUAAUCACCUUCAACUCCGAUAAAAUACCUCAAAUAUCAACUCAGAAGAGCCUUACUGUGCUGCCAUGAACGAUCCGCUUAGACGAAAUAAAGUGUCGAAGACCAAAGUCAAUUAAUAAGAGACUGGCAAAGCAUUAUCAGACGCCUUUCCCGAAAAUAUCUACUUGUCCAAUUGACAGCAGACACUCAUUCGUAUAACCCAAUGAACGUUUACAAAUACUACAAUCGAUAAUUCUAGCUUAUAUAUGCGUUGCUAUAUAAAUAUAAAUCUAAUUUUUGGUCCACUUUUCUGAGUAAGAAUGAGGUUCCAUCUUCUAGAAGAUGACUGCAUAUAUAUAACUAUCGUAUAGUAUUUCGGCUUAGCAUAUCAUGCGUUGGUGGUUUUUUAUUUUAAUAAAAUACUCAA